GAGGCGUAGGAGUAGCAGCAGCACUCUCGCAAGUCCGGGAUGCGGAGGACGUCUACAAAACGAGAAAGAAACGAAACAACCGAAGUUUACGAUAUGACCAAACUGCCAUUUUCCCUCCAAAAAAGGGUUUGUUUUCUGAGCUCUGCCACUUCCUAGGGUUUUGGUUGUUGGGAAAGUCCCAUGCACUUGCCGUCCUCCUUAGAGAGAGCUGUUGAGAUCGAGCGAGUUUGGAAAUGCAAUCUGAAGAAACUGUAGCCAUGGCGACUCCGAUUCCUCUCGACACUUUCAAAUUGGGAUUCAUUGGAGCUGGAAAAAUGGCGGAGAGUAUCGCCAAAGGAGUGGUACAGUCCGGCGUCUUGCCUGCUUCAAGAAUUCGAACUGCUGUUCAUAAGGAUGCUAGUCGCAGGGAGGCAUUCUCUUCGUUUGGUGCCAAAGUAUUCGAUACUAAUCAGGAGGUAGUUGAAGACAGUAAUGUGAUUGUUUUCUCCGUGAAACCUCAAGUUGUUAAGGACGUGGUUUUACAGUUGAAACCAGUACUCUCAAAGAAGAAACUUUUGGUUUCAGUUGCUGCAGGAACCAACCUGAGUGACUUGCAGGUGUGUAUGGAAAGGUUUAUUUUUAUUUUAUUUAUUUAUUUAUUUAUUUUUUAUUUUUUUAAAUGAGGAUUUCCAAAGUAC